UCUCUCUUUCAUCACAUGGGCGUCCCCCCCUCCCCAAAACCACGCGGUCUCCCCUCCAAAACCGCCGUGGACGGCGAAGGAGGACCGACGGUAUCUUUUCAAACUUACAACUGGUCUGCAUUUAGCUGCAGGUUGUUUUUUCUCCUUCCCUUUUCACUCCCCGCCAAGAUCACCCUGCUUCAGUCAGCUGAUGGCCUCUUGGAUCGCAACUUCUACGGCCCGUUGAUAAAAGAAGCGACCCGGCCGGCCCUACUCCUCCCCAACUUCUAUUUAUUCAUCUUAACUUCCCCACCAUUUCUUCCCACAUGCACACUACCCUUCUCCUUUUCUUCCCGCCCUCCUGCUCCUUUACCCCUCGAUCAACUGGGAAUGGCGUCCGUUGGGAUCUUUCUAGUCUGUUUUCUUCUUCCGCUGUUCCCGAGUGCUUAUGGCUAUGGAUGGGGCUGGACCUCUGGGCGUGCGACCUUCUAUGGAGGCGGCGAUGCCUCCGGGACAAUGGGUGGUGCAUGUGGGUACGGAAACCUUUACAGCCAGGGCUAUGGGACUAACACAGCGGCGCUGAGCUCUGCGCUCUUUAACGGUGGGCUUAGCUGCGGGUCUUGUUAUAUGAUCAAGUGUGUGAAUAGCAGAAUGUGCCUUCCCGGUUACAUCGUGGUGACCGGCACCAAUUUCUGUCCUCCAAACUAUGGCCUGCCCAACAACGCCGGCGGCUGGUGCAACCCCCCCCAGCAGCAUUUUGACCUCUCUCAGCCAGUCUUCCAGCGCAUAGCUCAGUACAGAGCUGGUGUUGUCCCUGUUGUUUUCAGAAGGGUAGCGUGCAGAAAGAGGGGUGGAAUCAGAUUCACGAUCAACGGCCACGCUUACUUCAACCUGGUGCUUAUAACCAACGUCGGUGGAGCAGGGGACGUCCAUGCAGUUUACAUCAAAGGGUCGAGGACCGGAUGGCAGGCCAUGUCCAGGAACUGGGGCCAGAACUGGCAGAGCAACAGCUACCUCAACGGCCAGGCCCUCUCCUUCAAGGUCGUCACCAGCGAUGGCCGUUAUGUGGUCUCUUAUAACGUCGCCCCUCCAAGCUGGUCCUUCGGCCAGACCUACAGCGGUCGCCAGUUUUACUGAAACAAACUCACCAUAUAUAAGCCCUCAGCUCUCCUUGGCAUCCCCUUCAUUAAUCCGAGUCACAUCCUCGAGCAAAGCAGUAUGCAGUUAAAAUUAUUUAUGUUCUCCUUAAUGUUCUUUUCUUCCUCUUCCUCUUGGAAGGUGGCCUUUCUAAUCAUUCUUGACCGGUUAAUGGUCAUGCCUGUGUCUUAAGUUUGUCGCGUGCCCAUUUGGUACUCAAGCGAAAGUGGCAGAGGCUAUAUUUACCACCCGCCACCAGCUUGCAUAUAUAGAUGCAGAGAGAAAAAUAAGUGUUUUUCUUUCUUUUCCACCAUAUUGAUCCCUGUAUGAAGAAGGUCAAGAUGGUAACGGUGUAAGCAGUUUUUCUCUCAAUUCGUCCUUGGUAUAUUGAAGAAGUGGAUGCAUAAGACUGUAUAUUUUGUGGUUGUUUAAUAAGGGAAAAUGGUGUUUGGAGA